UCUUGCAUUCAGCUUAGAGACGGAGCUUUUCCACUCCGACUGCUGCUACAGACUACUCACUGUUCACAGCAACAUUUUCCUACUUCCAGCUACUUCCAGUUGUCUGUGUCUUGGCUACACGAUUAACUUCAUAAAGGAGCAAAAAAAGGAGAAGACUAUCCAGUGAAUGAGUGUCCGGACACUUUCACCUUCGUCUCCUGCUGAGAUUCAGACCGACAGACUCCUGGGUCGUCCGCCGACUCGGGCACAGAGACCUCCACGAUGGUGUUGUCCUCGCCACACUCCUACAGGCUGAAGUAUCUGUCUCUGGGGGUGCUGGUGCUCCAGACCACCUCGCUGGUGCUCACCAUGCGCUACUCCCGCACCCUGAAGGAGGACGGCCCACGCUACCUGGCCUCAUCUGCCGUGGUGUCGGCCGAGGUGCUCAAGAUCCUCGUCUGCACCCUCCUCGUCUUCAUGGAGAACAAUUUCAGUGUGCAGCUGCUGAAGGAGGAGAUUGUGAACAAGCCCAUGGAGACCAUGAAGUUGGCCAUUCCUGCAGGGAUCUACACACUGCAGAACAAUCUGCUCUAUGUUGCCUUGUCCAACCUGGACGCAGCCACCUAUCAGGUCACGUACCAGUUGAAGAUCCUCACCACAGCACUGUUUUCUGUCUCCAUGCUGGGGAAGAGGUUGGGCUUCUACCAGUGGCUCUCCCUGCUCUUCCUCAUGGCUGGAGUCACUCUAGUGCAGUGGCCCACAGAGUCUGAAGGUGACUCUGAGCAGAAGGUCCUGUCUGCAGGCUCACAGUUUGCGGGACUGAUGGCCGUGCUGAUGGCCUGCGUGUCCAGCGGCUUCGCUGGAGUUUACUUUGAGAAAAUCCUUAAGGAGACUAAACAGAGUGUGUGGGUCCGUAACAUACAGCUGGGCAUGUUUGGCUUUGUUUUUGGCUUAGUGGGAAUGAUAAUGUACGACGGCCAGAGGGUGAGACAGUCGGGCAUGUUUCAGGGCUACAACACCAUCACCUGCACAGUUGUUGCUUUACAGGCUCUGGGCGGGUUGAUCAUAGCUGUGGUUAUUAAAUAUGCAGACAACAUUCUCAAAGGAUUCGCCACCUCUCUGUCCAUCAUCGUGUCCACACUCAUAUCAUAUUUCCUGUUGGAGGACUUUAACCAUACAGGCGUAUUUUUCCUAGGGGCAGUGCUGGUUAUUGCUGCCACAUUUCUCUACAACCACGAUCACAAACCCGCCAGUAGCAGCGCCAUCAAAGUAUGAACAGAGACCUCUGUGAAGUGUGCCACCUGACAGAGGUGACGACAGACCGAGCAGGACUCUGUGGACUGUGACAGCGAGUCUGGCAUGAGGAAAUUAAGACCGUGGGAAAAAGUGGAAGUGAUCAAAUCUGUUACUGCUUAACAACUACAGCAAUCUCAACAGCCGUUGAGGCUGAAUGUUCCCGUCACUCCGCUGGGAAAAUGCUGCUUUGCACAGAAGAUUGGGGUCAAUAAUAUGAAAUACAUUUGCUUUGUAUAUGUAUUUUUUUAAAGGUUUUUUUUAUAAAAUACUAACAUGGGUACAGUGGAGUGAACUUUCCAUGUCAGCAGACAAUGUUGCAGUAAAACUCACACACUGUAUGACAGCAUAAUCCCAUGGAAACGUACUAUAAGUGCAAUUUACAGGGACCAGGAGGAGAUUAUGAUGAAACCAUGGCUUCAUGGAUAUUUGGAAACCAAUAUUUUAUAGUUCAAUAUACUGUAUGUGUAAUUAUGUGUUAUGGGAUAUGGGGAAAGGGGUGUAUUUUCUAUAAGCCUAUUAAUGGUGCUGACAGCGCCUGCCUCAAAGAGAGGAAACUCCUUGACAGAGCUUCCAUCUAGUGGUGGAACGAGGCGCAAACUUGCUGCAAAAGGGGAGGGGUUACCUUUGGUCAAAGAUGCUGAAUGUCCUUUUUUAUAUGAGAUGAGAUGAGAUGAGAUAUGACUGCUUUGACCUUGUUGUUCACAGACUGAGUAUUUAUAUCAAAAACACUUAUUCUACUGAUAUUUAAAUGCAAAAUAAUGGUCUUUGUGAAAGAACAAAUGAAUAAAUUAAAGCAUCCA